UAGUGUAAAACAAGACUACAAUGAGUACAUGUGGACUAUGAGAAAGGAUUUCGCUGAACCUGAGCCAGAUCCAAUACGUGUUGUUAAGACAGAACUUAAAGACAACGACGUUUAAGAGUUUGUUGUACUUAUAAUUAAUACCAAAUAAAAAAAAUUUUAAAAUGAGUGACCAAAAAUUAGCUGAAAAUAUCGGAUCUUUGAUAGCAAAUGAAAGUUAUUAUUACGUUGCCGUAAAAGGUUCGCCAUUUGCUACCGAUUGUGCUGUGUUUGGAUUAAUUGCCGAUGAAAUGCAAGCACUUUGCAAACGUUUUCCUAAUUCAGGAUCUGAUGUUAUCAAUGGAGUUACGAUUAAAGGAGCUCCGAUACCGGUUAUAAAUGCACUGGCUGAAUUAGGAUAUCGGAUCGUAUCUAGUACUGGAGAAGCUGAAAUACUUUGGACAUUGCAAAGAGAAACUUAAAUAAAAUAUUAUCAAUUAUUUCCCGUGUAAAAAAACUUCGAGUGGAAUUUUUGUAAUUUUGAAAGUAAAAAAAAAAAUUUAUCUAGGAUUUUAUGAGCAAAAUUUGAGUAAAAUGUUUUUGAGUAAAGUAGUAAAAAUGUGUUUUUAAAAAAAUAUUUUCAAAACUAUAGGUGCAGCUUUUUAAGAACUUUUUUUUUUUUUUUUAUAAUUUAUCGUUUUUAAAAAAAUUCAAAAAUCAUUAGACGUCGGUUAACUUCAGUAUCAUUUUUGAAACUCAAAAUUCUUUAAAAAAUUUUUUGUUUACUAUCAAAAUUACAAAAAUUCUGAUCUGUCUCAUCUCGAAAAUUUUUGGAAUCUUUUAAACUGAUUUUUUUUUUACACGGGUUAUAUUGAUAAUAUUUAAAAAAAAAUAAUAAUUCACUAAAUAUUGAUAUGGAUGUUGCACUUGAUAUUAUAUUAUAUAUAUAGAAAAUAGUCUAUUAUAUUAAACGAAGGUCAAUUUAUUUUUAUCAUACAGUAGUUACUGAAAUAAUUCCAUUAGAAUAAUUAGCUUUUUUCUUUUCAAAUAAUUUUUUUCUACUCAACACAAUAAUAAUAUUUUAUAAACGCAUUUAAAAUAAUUUACAAACAUAAAUUUAUUUUUUGAUAAUAUCAUAGUUAAUUUUAAAUUUAAAAAAAAAAAUCAAAAAUGACUACAAACCAAAAAUAAAAUGAAUUUUUAAAAAUAAAUUUUACUAACUUUUUAUACAUCUAUUUUAAAAAAAUUUUAAUGUUAUAUUCAAAAACAGGUACAACUUAUGAAAUUAAUAAAUAAAGUAGAGGUACCAGUUUUGGACACUUGAAUAAUUUAAAUAAAUCAAUUUGUAAAAUACGCAAUGACAAUUAAUUUUCAAAAUCUGUACAAAUAUUAUUUUAUCACAUAGUUAAAUUGGAAAUUUUAUUUUAUAUAUUUUCAUUAAUUAAAAUAAAGUAUUAAGUGUCGAAAAAUGGAGCAGUGGCCAAGAAUGGAACUUCUACUCUACUUGAUCAUUAAAAAAUUAAAAAAAAAAAAUAUUAGUAUUAAAAAGUAUUUUAUUUAAAUAAUUUAUUCAGAUUAUAUCUUUUCUGUACUUAAAAAAAAACAAUGGAACAAAUUCGUGUCAAUUUUUAAAUUGUGAUUGAAAAGAUAAAAAAAUUAAACCAAGUGUGUAUGAUCAACAGUGCGAUAAAUAUGAACUAUAGUUUUUGAUCUUGAUAUUAAAUAAUUAAUUGAACAAAUGAGUUACCUAAUUACUGAUAAAUAUUCUUAUUAUUGUAUUAAAUGGCAGCUUAAUACUAUUGGUUAUGAAUUUAAAUAUAUAUAUAUAAUUGUGUGCAAUAAAAAAAAUUGCAUUUUA